CGGUAGGCGGGGAAACCCGAGCAGCUACAAAUACAGACCGACUGCCUGCUGAGACAAGAUUAUCACAGACCAGAGGAUUACCGACCGAGAAAAGGGGGAACAGAAGAACACGGACUCUACGUUGCUCCUGUCUUUUCUUUAAAACAGAAAUCAUCUUGAUUUGACCAUGAGCAAAGAAGCGGAGAUCGACAUGAAGGAUGUGGAGCUCAACGAGAUGGACCCGGAGAAGCAGCCCAUGACGGGCGAUGUCCAGGCCGCAGGGGGGGAGAAAAAUGGCACCAUCAAGCUGAAGGUCCCAGAGGAGGAGGUUAAAUUCACCGGCCUGUCCAAGGAGGAGCUGAUGAAGGUGGCUGGCACUCCGGGAUGGGUGCGAACCCGCUGGGCGCUUCUGGUCCUGUUCUGGCUGGGCUGGUUGGGCAUGCUGGCUGGAGCCAUAGCGAUCAUAGUCCAGGCCCCUCGCUGCAAACCCAUCCCUAAGAUGAACUGGUGGAACGAAGGACCUCUCUACCAGAUCUCUGAUCUUGACGCUUUCUCUGAAGGACUUGAAGGCGUCGAGGCAAAGCUGGACGAAAUCAACAAGUUGAAGGUGAAAGGCCUGGUCCUCGGCCCCCUUCACACCGUCCAGGCCGACCAACCCAACACCCUGAAUCUUCAAGCAAUUGACCCGACCAAGGGAACCGAGAAGGCCCUGACCGCUGUGCUGGAAAAGGCCCACAAGAAGGGCAUUUCUGUUGUGCUUGACCUGACUCCAAACUACAAUGGAGCUGUUCCUUGGUUCAAUGCUGCUGAUGUUGGUGUUUUGAUGGAGAAAGUCAUGGCUGCGGCGGAGUAUUGGCUGAAUUUAAACGUUGAUGGCAUCAAGGUGUCUGACCUCACUGUUGCCACCAACUCUGUUGAUUGGUCCAAGCUGCAGGCCGCUCUCCAGAGCAACGGCACUGACGACGCCAAAAAGAGGCUUCUGAUGGGUGUGGUUAAAGGUAUUUCGGCUGAGGAUGUUUCUCAGCUCGUCAACACCACAGGCGUCGAUCUGGUCCUGUCUGACCUUCUCGUCAGCAAAAAAGGAGGUGUGGAACGCAUCAUGGCCAUGGACACCCUUAACUCUCAGCAGAGAAACAUCGGCUGGGGUCUGGGCGCCGCCCAACGCGACCAGCUGUCUAAACAGGCAAUGGCUCCGGGCCUGAUCCGCCUCUACCAGCUCCUGCUGUUCACUAUGCCUGGAACCCCAGUGUUUACCUACGGAGACGAGAUCGGCCUUCGGGCAGUGGGUGCCGAAUCUCCGAAGAUGGUUUGGGACAUAGAGAAAGAAUCUGUUGAAGGAGCUGCUGUCAAUGACACUGCAGAGGCCGAGCGGACAGAGCGCAUCGCCGUAAGGAAGUGGUUCAAAUCUCUUAGCGACCUGCGAGGAAAGGAGCGCUCCCUCCUCCACGGAGACUACUACCCGCUCUUCUCCUCCACCUCGUCCCUCUCGUUCGUCCGCGUGUGGGACCAGAGCGAGAGAUACAUAACAGCUGUCAACUGGGGGUCGGCGGACGAGUUGCUCGCACUCAAACUGGCGCCCACAGAAGGAGUGGUGCUGCCAGAGAUGGCCAUGGUGAAGCUGUCGACUGACGCAGACCUGGAGGUGGACUCCAGCGUCAGCCUGGACGCACUCACCCUAAAACCCGGACAAGCCGUCCUACUGCAGUUCCCCUAUAUGGGCUAAAGGUGGAGCCAAAGUGCAGGAGAAGCUACCUACAGAUUAGACUCGUUUUAAAAAAAGAAACUGAAAUUUUGUCCUGAUAAGGUGGCAUAUUCAAAAGAUUCUGGUAUUUUUUUGUUUUUAAUAAAGGACUUUUCAGAUUAUUUAGUAAUAAUAUAACUAAAUUGGGUCGCAUUAAACCUGCCGUACAAAUGCAUGCUGAAUUGGCCAGUAUAAAUUCAGUUUUUGUUUUGGUGUGCUAGAUUAAGAUGUUUAUUGGCUCUUUUUUAUUGUUGACCAUCUGUAUAUUGUCCAAAUAUGUGAAAGACAUUCCAUUUUUAUUCUUUGACCAUUUUGUUUUAUGCAUCAUAACUUUUUAAGAUUUUGUUUUAGAGAAAAAAUAACUCUGAACAUGUUGACUCUGUUACUGAGAAUUUCAAUCCACAAAAUUGUUGCGACUGGCAUAAAGUCCGUCAGGUGAACUGAAUUGGAAAUUAAUAAAUGGAAAGCUCUGCACCGA